AUGGGCCUGCUUCCUAAUCUCAGCUCUAUCGACACCACCUUCUGGGACAAUGCCGUAGCAUUCAUCGGCAGCUGGAAACGCCAGCUUCAGAGCAUCAAGGACACCACCGUGGACCUGAUGGUCGAAUCCGUACUAUCUCCCCUGCACUCGGAAGGCCAAUCAAGGAGGGACAGACGGCGGCUAUUGUGGCAUGCGUAUUGCUUUGGGCGGGUGGUCCCAGGCGAUUCGGACAGUCUGGUGUACUCCGAAUCCCAGUCUCUGUUCAGGACAGCAUCGCCGCAGCGCGCACGCUAUACACAGAUGGUCUCGAUCGAUCAGAACCCGCUAUGCUUGGAUGUCGAGCCGUCUGUUUCGUGGUCGGACGAGUGGUUCACGGACAAUUUCCCCGAACCCAAAGGAGAACCUCCGGUGGUAGCCAAUGCAGCUGGUCCCGUCUUCGGUGGGAGCUGGGCGCACGAGGCGCACAUAGGAUUUGGGCAUACUGCCAGCCCCAACAUGCAUCCGUGCAUCGGAAGAUACAUGCAGGCCGUACGCAUCGGUCGAAAUGAGAACAUCGAGGCAUUCAAGGCGCUACUGCUCCAGCGAAGCCGUAUCCUGAUAUCGAGAACGGGUAAUGUGGGCAAGAAGGCGAUCGCGCUCGCGAUGCUCCAUCACCCAGAAGUCGCCUCCGCCUUGCCGGCUCGCUAUUCUGUCUCUGAGGCUAUCACAGACCUCGAAGCAUUCCGACUCCAAUUGGUCGAUUCAAUGGGUGUCCCGCCGCAGAUGCGAGGCCAACAGCUGCUUGCAGUAGUGGAUGAGCUCGCGGAUGCAUCGAGGUUCGAGUCGACCGUGGGCGAUGUCAUCAUAGUCCCAUUACAUUUCAGGCAGAUGGACCUCGCGGCGGUCCCCAUGUGGCGCACUUCUCGAUGCGGACCCGUGAUCGUGCAUUCGUAUUUCAUCGGAUAUCUCUGCUUCCAGUCUGUCCUCGGGUGGUACACGGCAUUUCUUAUACACUUCGCCUACUUUGUGUGA